AUGGGAUUAAAACUUUUAACUCUUGUUAGGAUUCAUUGUGCGGAAAUAAUUUGCGAUCAGAGGAUCGAGAAGAAAAGUCAAAACAUGUCCGAGAAAGUGAUCGCAAAGGGAAAAACGGUGGCAACUGUGAAUGAACAUGAUUUAGUGGUCGAGCUGAAUAUUUGUUUUAAAGAGCUUUAUGGUCCAAGUGGAUUAACUAAAUAA